AGAAUUUGGGACCAAACGGUCCCAGGUUCUGAUCACAAACAUGUCCCCUCUUCACCACCAUUUAUCUACUUUAUCCUCUUGUGACUACGAAAGAAGAUGCUCUUUUUGUUGUACCUAUCUACCCUGAGUCACCACAACAUUACCAACUCAAAAGCACCCUUCCCUUCCUUUUAUUGAAAAGAGAUCAAACAAAUACUCAAAAAAGGCUAAGAAAAUCUCUCUCUCUCUCUCUCCCUCUCUCCUCAAAUCUAGCCAUCAGACCACCCCCCCCCCAAAUUUCCACUUCGAAAAUAUCCAAAAAUCAAAAUUCGAAACCUACAGCGAAAAUCCGGGUACUGUUUCUUCACAAAUUCAUCAACGGGCGGCCGAGAAUUCAUCGAUCCGAUCUGCACUUUCGUGGGGCUCAACAAAAUUAAUGAAAACAACAGAUAGACGGUGUGGAUUCAUCGAUCAACGGGAACUAAACGAAUUUCACAUAGCCUAUAUUUUUCUAUCCGGGUCGAAAUUUGAGUGGUACCUCCACUAAUCAGACUCUAUUGUUUACACUUGCAAUGGUGAUUCCACCUCGACUAGUAGCCGGCACAGAGCCUCAGGCACCGGUGUCAGCCAAUGACAAUAAGACACGUGGCACAUACGGCGGUGAGGUGGCGAAUUUCGACACGAACAUGGUCAUCAUCCUCGCAGCGCUAUUAUGCGCACUCCUCUUCGCUCUUGGGCUCAACUCUAUAAUGCGCUGUGUGAUGAGGUGCAGCCGCCGGAUGGCUUUCGAGUCGUCGGAUGGCGCUACGGUCCGUCUCGCCUGUACCGGCCUGAAGAAGCGUGCAUUGCAUGAAAUUCCCGUGACCGUCUACGGGCCGGAGUCAGAUAUCCGGUCGGCGGCGACUGACUGCCCGAUCUGCCUUGGAGAAUUCAUGGAGGGAGAGAAGGUUCGGGUCCUACCUAAAUGCAACCAUGGAUUUCACGUGAAAUGCAUAGAUAGAUGGCUCGUGGCUCACUCAUCAUGCCCCACGUGUCGGCACUCGUUGCUCGAUCGGACGGUGGUGGAUUCAGCUGAUGUGGAGUCUGGGACCCGGACCCGGACGACGGUAAGCGGGUCCGGUGGGAGUGAUGGGCCCGUUGUGGUUGUGGCUGUCGGAUAGUGGUCGACCGGAUUGAAACAUUGUUACGAAGGCAAUUGAUCAGAUGGUUAGAAGUGUCUUCGUGUUAUAUUUUUUAUAUGGUUGGCCAGAAGAUAUGCAAUCGACCUAACAGACGACUCAGAUUGGUGGAUUGGACUGUCUAAUUGUUGCAAUGCAGGUAGGUGUAUCUUAACUUCUAGCGGUGUAAGAGCACUGGAUCUCUUUUCUACUUUAGGGUGCGUUUGGUUGCACCAAAUAUCUCAAAAUAUCAUAAUAUUUCAUGAUAACUCACUAAUUUGGAUCAAAAUUUGAAAUUUGGUGCAACCAAACACACCCAUGUGUACAAACAAAUCUCUCUCCUUCUCUCCUCUUCUUCUGUGCAAUAUGUUGUAAUAUUCUGCAAGUUGUGAAUAGAAAAGCUUGAAACCUUAUAAUUGUAAAAAUCAAGGGGGAAAAUGGACGGAUGAGGCAGAUCAGAUACACACACCCAUCUGGUGACAUUGCAUGCAGGGAUGUGAGAUCUAAGGCGUCCAUCAUGUGGCUAGCAUCAUGUAGAUGCGGUGGCCAAUAUAUCACUUUGGUUCACUUAUAAAGUGGGCCACAAUAUUAGAAAAAAAAUGAUACAUCAGGAAAGCAUUGACAAUGUUUCUCAGCCGUUAGUUUGUGGGGUGGCCUGAUUAUAAGAUGGAAUUUACAUUGAUGAACUGAUCUUACUGAA